AUGUCAAACCAAGAAAAUCCGCCGGGAUUCAUCUCAAAUAACCCAGCAUAUUUUGUUCCAACAUUGAUCAAUCCAAUACAGAUGAAUCAAAAUGUUGCUGAUAUAAAUGUGUCGGUUCCAUUGAGUUGGCUUAUCCAAUUUCACAACUCUCGUCAAUUGUUCGCUUCUGGAAAUUCACAUUUUGGUAAUAUCCCUAAUCCACAAAAUCAGCAAUUACCUUUGCAAAAUCUUCCGUCAGCAACAAGUUUUCCGUAUCAACUGCUUCCACAAAAUGUGGCGAAUACCAAUGUGAGUUUUUCAUGAUUUUCAAAAGAAGCUAGAAUUUUUUUAAACUAAAAAUACAGUAUUCAUUAUGCGGUGUCCAAAGCAGAAAAAAAGUGAAAAAAACAGAAAAAAAAACGUCCAAAGCUCGCGUUUUCCUCUUCAUUUUUCUAAACGCGAUGCAAACGGGUCUCGCAACGAAAAGAGACGAGAGAAACAGACAGUUCGACUUUGCACGUUUUUUUUCGCCUUUUUUUCGCUUUUUUUCUGCUUUGGAUUAAAUUCAUCACAUUUCUUACAAAAAAGGAAAUCCUUGAAACAGAAAGUAUAAAGAAGAAAGUUUGCUCUGUCGCACACGAUUUUUGUGUUCUUCUCUCGGAAUUCUUUUUUUUAAAUAAUUUUUUUUUCGUCAUAUUUCCUGUAGACAACACAUAAUAAUUUUAUUUCUUCAGGUAACUGGCAACUUUCGAAGAAGACAUUCUCGAAAUAAUCGACGAGUUGACGUUUCAAAUGCAAUUGAAACAUAUUCUCCAACAGAAUAUGAUGACGUUCAAAUCAUAAACUAUCAAAAUAAUCGACCAGUAACAUUUGGAAAUGUUUCGAACAGUGGAAAUGUGCAAAACAUCGGGAACCAUUCUGAUGAAAUUAUAAUUAUCGAUGAUGAUGUUAGUUUUUUUUUUUGAAAUUGACGAAAUUUUCACCAACUUUAUUACAAAGACACUUUCCAUAAUACUUUUUUCAUACAGGAAACUCAUCAAAAUCCACAACAAAUUCAACAUCAUGCAGCAACAUCUACAGAUCCUACUCCAAUUGAGCCGGAAACAACAGUUCCACAUUCAGGUGCAAAUGAAUCUCAAGAAAUUAAUUUAUCUGAUCAGAGAAAUCUUACUGUUGCGCCAGUGACUGAAUAUUCAACAUCAAAAGACAACUUGGAAUUUACUUCCACAAAUGAAGCUUCAUAUGGACAACCAGAAGAUUCUUCAGUUCCAACCAUAAAUGCAACUGGAAAUCUAGUAGGAUCUUUGGAUUCAACAUCACUUGAAAAUAAUUCCAAUGGUUCUGAAGCUGUUCAAAAUAUCAUAAACAUUUCGGAUUCACCAGUUGUGACUACCAAUGUGAGUUUGUUUUUAUUAAAAAAAAACAAAUAAUUUUACACAGGUGACUGAAAAUUCUUCCCAAGAAAUCCGAAAUAAUGUUGCGCCAGUUGCUGGAAAUCGAAAAUGUGAUGAAAUCUUGAAAUCAGAUUCAAAAUCUGAAACUAGGAAUGCCCAACCAGAUAAGGAAUCAGUUUCAAUCACAAAUGAAACGCAAUCAAUUUCCUCAUCUGAAAUUUUUACUGAUCAACUAGAAGUUCCACCAGAACCGAUCACAAAUGCUACUGGAAUUUCACAAGAACAUUCAGCAAAUCACGUGACUUCUUCCAAUUCAAAAUUGACUGAAAAUGGUUCUAAUUAUUUGGAAGUUGCUCAAAGUAGUGAAAAUACUUCAAAUACACCAGUUGUGCCGAUCAAUGAUGUGAGUUUUUUCAAGUGGAACAGUUUUUUUUAGCGAAAUUAUAAUUUUCUUAUCAGAAAAAAAAACUCCUCAACCUUCAUUUUUACACAGGUUACUCAACAGACUCCACCAGUGGCUGGAAGUCCAACAUUAAAUGAAUAUUUGGAAUCUACAUCUACAAUUUCGCUGACUCAAGAUUAUGCUCCAGUUUCAAUUCCACUUGCAAGUGCAAAUAAAACUCCAGAAAGACUUUUAGCUGAACAGGAGGAGGUUCCAACCGAUUCACCUAACUCAUCGAUAAAUUCCACAAAGAAUGUUGGAUCAGUCUCUACAGAUUCUUUGCCAAGUGAUGAACAAUCAGAGCAAGGUUAUACUUCUAGAGUAGAUGAUGAUGCAACUUCAGCUUCAUCUAGCAGGAAUGUACCAAUUGAUAUAAUUGAAAAUGUGAGUUUUCAUCAUUUUAAUGAAUUUUUCUAUCUGUACUCGAAGACACUAGAAUAUAUCUUUUUUCAGGAUAUUGGGAAUUCAUCACAAAACAUGCUCAUGAAUUUGACACAAAAUGAUGUGACAGAAAUUGAAAUCUCAGAUCAAUCUUUGGGAUCAAACUCCACUCUUGGAACACCUGCUGCAACUUCUACACCCACUUCAUCGGAUCAUAAAAUUUCUCCAACAAAUCGAAUUGAUGACGACAAUGUUCGAGAAAAUCAAUCGAAUAGGAGUGAUGUGAGUUUUUUUUUUACUUUUUACAGUUUUCUGAUAUUCAAUAUUGAUCUCAAUGAAAUUCUUCUUCUUUCAGGAAAUUGGACAAAAUACUACUUCAGGAGCUUCCAAUGGAUCAAGAUCUUCAGGCUCGGAUGAGAGUAGUUCAUCAGCAGUUGAAGAUCAAUCAGAACAACCUUCCACCCGCGAUGCGAGUACUUCGCCAAUAAGGUUUUUUGAGGAAGAUAGUGAAACUCGUAAUUCAAAUGUUCCAAUAAAUAAUGUUUUCAAUGAUGUAAGUUUUUUUGAGCCAGUAAUGAAAAAAAUGUUUUUUUAAAGGGCACCACGACGAAAAACUACAAUAGUUUUGGAAAUCAUUUCAAAUCUACUUCCGAUAUUCCGGCAUCUGCAUCAUCUACUUCUUCAAAUGAAUUCACAACCGUCAAGAUUCCAACUAAUAUGAUUCAAAGUUGGAAAAAUUUAGCGAUUUUUUUGGGAAUUUCGAACAGUGUGAGUUUUUUUGGAGAUUGGCUCGAAUUGUUAGGAAGAAAAAUCAAGUUUUUAUCAAAUAUUUGGAAUAGCAUACAAAAGAUUUUCUUUCCAAAAUGUGUUUUAAUGCGUUUCUUGAGCUUUUUUCUUCAGCUUACUUCGACCUUUUUCAAAAAAAAAUAUCAACAUCUGUUUAGCAACCAGAUACUCAAAUAUUUUUCAGCCACAAGGAUCUUCUUCAAAUGUUAUCGAAGGAUUGGACAAUGAUUCUACUUCAGCUGAUUUUUCUGAGCCUGGCAAAAUGCGAGGAAGUUCUUCGAAUGGUGAUUUUGCUCAACAACUUAACCCAAUUGCUCCAGCAAUAGAAUUGGCAAACAAUGAAAUUUCAUUUGAUUUAGCUGGAGCCAGCAACAUUCCAAAAAAGGUAAACAAUUUAUGGGUUGAAGUUAGGAAAUUCAGAAGCAGUUUUGAUUUUAAGAAACGUUUAAAAGGGAAUCAUUCAUAAAAAUUAUUCAUGGAAGUAAAAUUUGCAAAAGUGUUUAAACGAACAACGUAAUUUUCUGAAUCCAAAAUGAGUUAUUAAUUAUUAUAUUAGAGCUUCAUAACUUUAGAAAAAUCAUCUGUGAAGUUUAAAAAAUAUCAAUAUUUUUCAGAAUUCUCGCAACAAAAAGCAAAAGAAUGUUGGUAGCGAAGCAUGGAUGUUAGAUUUUGUGAAAAUUGAAAAUAAAUUUCCUGAUGCAGUUGGAAAUGUAGUAACAAAAGUCGCAAACGGUCAUAUGAUGAUGAAGAUGAUUGAAGAAAAUGGGGGAAUUGAACAGUGGAAUGAAUGUUUCUUGGUCAACAAUAUUGACGGUUUGGGAUUUACUGUACCCACAAAACAAACAUUAACAAUGGAAUUUAUAAUAGACCAAUUGGGUGCUUUUCACAAAGUUGACGUUAUUGAUGUAUAUAAACAGACGUUGAGUAGUAUGAAAAUUGGCACGUUUGCCAAACAUUUCACAAAACAAGAACAUCGCAAACAACUAUACAAUAUAAUCUCUCUGGAAGUUUCCAAUUUAUCAUCGUAAGUUCAUUUGACAGUCGAACAGUUUGAAGCAUUUUAUAAUGACUGACAAAUAAAACAAUUUCAGACUCGGAAAUUUGAUCGAGCCACCAGAGUUGGUUCGAAAAUUGUCGUUGGUUGAAAAACUGUGGUCAAGUGGAAAAAUGGACGAAAGUCGUCCAUGUGUUCAAAAAUAUGUUUUAUUGAGCAUGAAAGGAAGUUUUACUUCCUUUCACAUUGAUUUUGGAGGAAGUAGUGUUUAUUAUCACAUUGUCAAAGGACGAAAGAUAUUCUAUCUGGCAUUGCCAACGCCAACAAAUAUCGAACAGUUCGAAAAAAUGGAAAAAAGUUCAAAAAAGAGUGAUUGGUUGCCGGAUCGAAUACCCGAUGCUAUUACUCGAUUGGUAAUUGAAGAAGGACAAACCUUGUUUGUCCCUAGCGGAGUUAUUCAUGCUGUUUAUACUCCAGACGAUUCAAUAGUUGUUGGAGGAAAUUUUCUUCACAUUGGUGGUAUAGAAAUGCAAAACAGGUUAGUUUCAGUUUUAUUUGAAAUGAACAGAAAAAUUUAAUCAAGCAACGAUUUUUUUUUAGAGUUUUUGAUAUUGAAUCAAGAGAAAGAUUGAAGAAGUUUAAAUUUCCAAACUUCAUACAAAUAAAUUUCUGGGUUUGUCGAGAUAUACUUAUCCCUUUUGUAAAAGAUGCAAACAAUCGCAGAGAAAAUAUUGUAAAUACAAUUAUGUGGAAAAGUAGCAUCGAUAUUAUUUCAUCACUAGAAUCGUGGAUCAAGUCAACAAAAAGGAACCGAAGUCAAUCAAAGAAAAACGAGGAGAUCAUAAAUGAUAUGAAGUUACAAAUAAGAACACAACGAGAAAUAAUGAAAAUUCAAAGUAAGAAUUUUAAACAUUUUUUGAAUACCUAAAAAAGAGAAUAAUUUUAAGAUCAUAAUUUCACCGAACUGCUCGGCACGAGUUUUGUUAUGACACAACCAACAGAUGCUACCGCUAAUCCACUGAAGAGGAGCGCAUCGGAAGUUCAUGUUGAGUCUCCAGAAAAGUGAGUUUCUUUAGAAUUAGCAAGGCUAAAGAUUCAUUUGUUUAUUUUUUCAGAAGAAAAAGAAAUGGCUCCGAAUAA